UCAAUUAAAAUAAAAUAAGAAUAAUAAGCGUUAAUAUUGAACUCUCGGUCGUCUUCUUCGUCCUUGUUCCUCUGCUUCGUCUUUUCUCCUCCAUCUUCUUCCCCAACUACAAGUUUUGCAUAUUUUUUUUUCCAAUACAAUACAAAUCACUAUGAGCACAAUUUAGUAGUCCACCACAGCACCGAUAUUCUCGGCUUCAAAAACCUGUUACAUCGUGAAUAAUACCUGCAACAGCUAACGCGAACAAGAAGAUUUACCAAGAAAACAGCUUCAAACGAGACAAAAGGACUGGUAUAAAUUACUAUAUAGCAGCAAAAUAGAAGAUAUGAAACGUUUGUUGCGCUAUUUGAAGGACACUAUGAUUCAUGGCUUGCAUCUCCAGCGCUCUUCCAACUCAUCCGCAAUGGAUUUACUGAUGCGGAUUGGGCUGGCUGUUUGGAUGAUAGAAGGUCUACUCGUAAAAGGGCAGCCUGAUGCACUAAGCUCCAAUUAUACACAGGAUCCGGGGAAGGGCUCGACCACAAGGAUCGAAGAAGGAUCUACACAUGGAUAUUGUAUUUUCCUUGGUCCUAAUCUGGUUUCUUGGUCCUCGAAGAAGCAACGAGUUGUUGCUCGUUCCAGUACUGAAUUUGAAUAUAGAGGUUUGGCUGAUGCGACUGCUGAGCUUACCUGGUUUCAACAACUUCUCCAAGAAUUACAUGUCCUUUUGCCUGCUGCUAGGGGCGGGUGUUCGGUAUUCGGCUCGGUAUUUUCUAAAUUCGGGUUCGGUUAUUGGUAAUCGGUAUUUGAACGUAGAUACCACAUAUCAUACUUAUGAACAUUAGUUUGGUAAUUCGGUAAUCGGUAAAUUAAACUUCGAUUCAGUACGAUAUUUGGUAAUACCAUAUUAAAAUUGGAGAUGUGCAAAUGUAUGUUUAAACUUCAAAGAGUAUAUUUAAUAGAAACUCUAUUUAGUAUUAUUUUUGUUGUUUUUUUACGAAAAUAUUGCCAAGGUCCAAGAGAUUCUUUGGGUCCAAGAAAUGUUAAAAUUUUACUCCCAAAUAUCAUAUCAAAUACCGAAUUACUGAAUACCGAUUACCACAUUUUUCGGUUCGGUUCGGUAAUUCGAUUUUUGCUAAUUUAUGCCUACCUUCUGCUUUGAAAUUAUGGUGGCGAGAAAGUUAGGUUGAGAUGGUUUGGGCAUGUGAUGGGGAGGGACACUAAUGCGCUAGUUCGUAGGUGUGAGAGGUUGACUUUUGAUAGUUUCAUGCAGGGUAGAGGUAGGCUAAUUAGACAUGAUUUGGAUCAGUUAUAGCUUACUGAGGACAUGUCCCUAGAUAGGAAGUCGUGGAGGACGCGAAUUAGGUUAGAGGGUUAGUGCAGGUGGGUGAGGUGUAACUAGGAGGGUUGGGGUGAGGUGUGUGCACCCGAUGUGAUAGUGUAGAGCUAUGUUGCUCGGACUCGGAAAAAAUCUCAAUAGGUGCAUAUCGGAUUAGCCAAAAUUAGUGUAUAUUUGAAGAAUCCCGACACAGGUACGACAUAAAAAAUGAAGAGUCCCCGCAACUUAGGUGUAGUGUGCUAACUUGUGGGUGUUCUAUUUCUGUUAUUUCAUCUUGUUUCAUGUUUUAUUAUGACUUUGUCUAUUGUCUUUUGUCCUAAGCUGGGGAUCUAUCGGAAACAACCUCUCUACUUAUUCGGAGAUAGUGGUAUGGACUGCGUGCAUUUUACCCUCCCCAGACCCCACUAUGUGGGAAUACACUGGUUAUUUAAGCGGUGGUCAUGGUCCCUGAGGUAGAUCCAGAUCAUGCUCUGAUGAUUGAAGAUAAUUAUCCGAAUACAAUGCUAAUUGAUCCAGAAAGAGAUCGCUUUCCAUGCUGCAUCGUAUGGUCACCACUUCCUGUCCUGUCUUGGUUUAUCCCUUUUAUUGGGCAUUUAGGGAUAUGUAGGGAGGAUGGCGUGAUCUUGGACUUUGCAGGGCCAAACUUUGUUUCUGUUGACAAUUUCACAUUUGGGGCACCAACUCGUUAUUUCCAAGUAAGCAGAGAGCAGUGCAGCUGCCUUUCUCCUUAUUCAGCUGAACAUGCGGAUGAAUAUGUCCAGAACCAUGAUGAAUCUGGAAGGAACGUUAACACGUGGGAAUCAGCCUUACGGAAGAGCAUUCAAGAAUACCAACACCAAUCUUACAGCAUUUUCACCUGCAACUGCCACUCCUUUGUUGCUAAUGGUUUGAACAGGCUGGGAUUUCAGGCUGGUGGAUGGAAUGUAGUCAACCUGACCAUUUUCAUUUUUCUCAAGGGACGAUUUGUAAACAAGACUGCUAUUGUUAAAACCUAUUUACCGCCUCUUGUUGUGCUUGGUUUAGGACUCAUGUUUGGAGGAGCAACUUUCCUUACUUACCUGAUAAUUUUCAUGUUUGUUCUUAUCGGUUGGUUUCUCCUCGGUACAUACUGUUUCAAGAAGUUGAUCCAUGUGUAAUCAGUCGCUUGAGAUUAUUUGAUUCCUAUUGUCUGACACUUGUAAAUUUGGACAUGAUACAAGUAACUUCUUUAGUUGAUAUACUGAAAUAUCUUAGAGCUGGAA